CAUGGCUACAGUCGGCGAAACUGGUUCCUAGUCCUUGGCUCCUCGACACUCCAUUGCUCGCCCCACCGUUCGAAACAACAAUGUCCAGCAUCCUCAUCACAAGGGCCGUCCCUACGGCUUCUGUCUCCAGGACACUCAUCGUCAGCGGGGCUUCUCAUAUCUCCCACCAGACCUUCACACCUUCCCACAGGAACUAUGCCACGGCGAAGAAGGCACCCAGCUCUCUGCCUGGCGCCAUGACCUUCACUGACGCGCUUGCUGUCCUUAAGGCCAAGGAGGUCAGCAAACCCAACCACCUGGUCGAAGUUCACAUCCAGACCAAUCCCAAGGUUGAGAAGCACUCUCAGCCGAUCCGCACCUCAGUCCUCUUGCAGAAGCCCAUCAAGCAGGAAUCGGUCAUAUUGGUCUUUGCGGAGGGCAAGUUCGCAGAGGAGGCCCGCGCCUCAGGUGCACAGAUUGUCGGAGGGCCCGAAUUGAUUAAGGAAGUCGAGGAGGGCAAGCACAAGUUUGACAAGUGUAUCUCAACACCUGGAAUGUACCCCUCUGUCACCAAAUUGGCUCGUAUUCUGGGACCCAAAGGUUUGAUGCCAACGACCAAGAAAGGAACUGUCACGGAGGAUAUCGUGGGCGUGAUCAAGGCUCAAACUGCAGCUUUUGAUGUUCGCGGUGAUAAGAACGGCGUUGUACACACUAUCAUUGGAAAGGUCAACUGGGAACAGAAGGAUAUCGAGGAUAACUACCAGAUCAUCAUGAACCAGAUGAGGGUUCUUGCUCAGGAGCGCUUCGUCAAAAAAGACUGGAUCAAGAACGUCUAUAUUUCAUCGACACAAGGUCCUGGCAUCCCUUUGAUCAACAACGCAUAGUUCCGCAAUACACCACCUCGACAAAUAUCCAUCGCAAGCAUUCGCAGUUGUUUAGAAUCGCACCAUCUUGUUUAUCAUGUAAUAAAACUGUUUUUAAAA